AUGGAACUAGUUUCCCCAGCUGUGAUUAUAUUAUUGGGCUGCAUUGCGCUUUUAUUACUCCUUCAAUGGAAGAACUUGCGUGGACCACCAUGCAUUGGUGGUUGGAUUCCUUGGAUUGGAGCUGGAUUUGAGUUUGGAAAAGCCCCUCUAGAAUUUAUAGAGAAAGCGAGAAUUAAGUAUGGACCAAUAUUUACAAUUUUUGCUGUUGGAAACCGGAUGACUUUUGUUACUGAAGAAGAGGGAAUUGAAGUGUUUCUAAAAUCCAAAAAAGUAAAUUUUGAACUAGCAGUGCAAAAUCCCAUUUAUCGUACUGUAUCAAUUCCAAAGGAUACAUAUUUGUCACUGCAUGACAAACUCUAUUUUACGAUGAAAGGAAAAAUGGGGACCUUGAACUUAUUUCACCUCAAGGAGCAACUGAUUGAAGAAUUACAUAGACAAAUGGAGAAUUUAAGUCCUCAUGGGACAAUGGAUCUGGACAAUUUAGUAAGAGGGGAGUACUGGAAUUACAUAAAGCUACAUAAUGGCUCACAAAAGAAGCAAAGAGACUACAUGUACACAAGAUUAAGUGCUAUAUUCGAGGUUGCCUUUUGGACCCUUGCCUUUGUCCUUUCUCAUCCUAACAUCCACAAGACUAUUAUGGAAGACAUUUCUUCUGUGGUGGGCACAGCAGGAAAAGAUAAGAUUAAAGUGUCUGAAGAUGACCUGAAGAAACUCCUACUGAUUAAAUGGUGUAUUUUGGAAGCCAUUCGUCUAAGAGCACCUGGUGUCAUUGCUAGAAAGGUGGUGGAACCAGUCAAAAUUUUGAAUUACACUGUUCCUGCUGGUGACUUGUUGCUGCUGUCCCCAUUUUGGCUACAUAGGAAUCCAAAGUAUUUUCCUGAACCUGAAUCUUUCAAACCUUUAAGACUCUGCAGUCACUGCCUGCAGAUCAAACUUAUCGUCCUCCUAGCCCAGUUGUACCUUCCUAAACAUCUGGAAGUAAGCUCCUCCUUGUGGCUGGCUCUACUUGAGAUUCAAGUUUUUAUUAUUUUAAUACUUUAUAAAUAUGACUGUAGUCUUCUGGAUCCAUUGCCUAAACAGAGUUGUCUCCACUUGGUGGGUGUCCAACAACCCGAAGGACAGUGCCGAAUUGAAUAUAAACAAAGAAAAUGA